GGCACCGAGAAAUUUGCCAAGUAUGCUAAUGCCCUGAUAUUGGUUAAACUCCAAUGCCUGGACAAGAGGGAUCAUGUCCAGGCGCUGUACAACCAGAGCAUCGUGAAGCGUUCGAGAUUUCGGAGGUGCAAAAUCCAGUACUAGUCGGAGGCCAAGUCAUAGAAGGGAAAUGGGAACUUACAAGAAGACCCUAGCAUAUCAAAAGAUGGUAAACCUUGACUUGGCGAAUGGCGUCCGACAAGUACUAGGUAGACAAGCUUGAUCUAAUCGUUUGAUUUACUACCAUAUUCACAGGAAACUGCUGACACUCGAGAACAAUAGUAACUUUUCCGGAGAGCUUGGCAAUCUCUUCUGCCUAAUGGUCGCUAGGGCAUCAGGCCAUGACAUUUGAGUACACGGAAAUUCGGGGCGCUCUUAUUGUAGAUUGUGACCAAGUCAAAGCUAGGCUAACAUCCCCUUUGACGCCUAUUUACCAAAAAGAGGGCUUAGAGGUGGAGAAAGAAUGCAUUGAGCGUAUACCAGCGCCUGCAAGCAUGGAACCCAGAAGACUUGCAUUGUCGAGCAGCGAGCGUUGUAUCCAUACGGCACGAAAAGUACAAACUACACUGGGUUAAUGGUUGAGCUGAUAGACCACCUCAAGAUCGGACAUUAUGAGAUUGAUGGUGUCUAGUAUUCCAGGGGAAUGGUAGCCACUGGGCAUUUUCAAAAUUGGGGACAAGAUGCAGCUGGUUUAUGAGCAGUACCGUCAGUCAUGUGUGCUGAGGUUCUACCGAGCUAGCCUCGAAAUUGCACACGGUAUAGUUGCAGGUAUCAUUGUUAUGGCCAACGGUAUUGAAGUAUAGGAGAUAAAAUUUGGUGCGAAGGUAGUGAUAUUUGCCGCCCC